AUGCCAGUGUUGUUUGCAAAGAAAAAGGAUGGUUCUAUGAGGUUGUGCAUUGAUUAUCAAAAAUUGAAUCAUGCAACUAUUAAGAAUAAGUAUCAUUUAUUGCGGAUUGAUGAUUUGUUUGAUCAGUUGAGGGGAGUUAUUUGCUUUUCCAAGAUUGAUCUGAGAUCUGGUUACUACCAGUUACGAGUUCAGGACGAGGAUAUUCCGAAGAUAGCUUUUCGUACGUGGUAUGGUCAUUAUGAGUUCCUUGUGAUGCCUUUUGGUUUGACGAAUGUGCCAGCAGCAUUCAUAGAUUUGAUGCACCGUGUCUUUGACAGAUAUCUGGACCAAUUUCUGGUAGUGUUUAUAGAUGACAUUUUGGUGUUUGUGAGGAACUUUUCUCGCUUAGCUGCUCGGAUGACCCGAAAGGGGAUUAGAUUUGAUUGGACUAAAGCUUGUGAGUCGUCUUUUCUGGAGUUAAAGACUAGAUUGACUACAGCUCCAGUAUUGGUGAUACCUAAGCGUGGCUUGGGUUAUGUUGUCUUUUGUGAUGCUUCUCGGGAUGGUUUGGGCUGUGUGUUGAUGCAGGGUGGUAAGUAUCAUCUGGGUAAGGCGAAUGUGGUAGCAGAUGCCUUAAGCCAGAAAUCUCAUGGAGUUGUGGCUGGGUUAGCCAUUCGAAAAUGGAAGAUGUUGGAGGAUCUAACAGAGAUGGGAUUACAGUGUUGUGAUGAUAAUAUUAGUUAUGAGACAGUUUUUCUGUUUAGUCUUGUGGUUCAACCUACUCUUGUUACACGGGUGAUUGAGGCACAGAGACAGGACUCAAAUUUAGCUGCCAUUCAUCAGUUGAUUUUAGGUGGGGACACAGUAAAGGACUGGACCUUACACACGGAUGGUGGCUUACAGUUCAGAGGUUUACUUGUGGUUCCUACGGUUUGUCGGGAGGAUGUGUUACGGGAGUUUCACACUUCUCGUUUUACUGUGCAUCCAGUUGGUACUAAAAUGUAUCAUAAUUUGAAAUGCCAGUAUUGGUGGAAUGGGAUGAAGGCAGAUGUAGCUCAGUUUGUUGCAACCAUUGCCAGUAGCACAGUGGAAAUGGGAAUGUAUUGCUAUGGAUUUUGUGAUAGGACUUCCGAGUCGAGCAUUGAGAUGGCUCCUUUUGAGGCAUUGUAUGGUAGGCCUUGUCGUUCUCCUGUUUGUUGGACUGAGGUGAGUGAGAUAGCCGCCUUAGGGCCAGACAUUGUCUUGGAAACCACUGAAAAGAUUAAGUUGAUUCGACAGCGGUUGUUGACUACUCAGAGCCGACAAAAAAGUUACGCAGAUAGACAGAGACGACCAUUAUCCUUUGAAGUGGGAGACCACGUGUUUCUCAAGGUUUCUCCACGAAAAGGAUUGCUACAAUUUGGAAAGAGUGACAAGUUAUCACCUCGUUUCAUUGGGCCAUUUGAGAUUUUGGACCGAGUGGGCGAGGUUGCUUACAGAUUGGCAUUGCCACCACAGAUGGACAAGGAUGUUUCUUACGAGGAGGGACCCGUUCAGAUUCUUGACACUCGGGACAAAGUGUUAAGGGGUAAAACGGUGACUCUCGUGAAGGUUUUAUGGCGACAUCACAGUGUUGAGGAGGCUACGUGGGAACGGGAACAGGAUGUUCAUUCUGCGUAUCCGAGUUUGUUUUCUUCCUCAGGUCAUGGCACGGAUGGUGUGGAGGGUGUUCCUCCUCAGCUGUAG